AUGGAAGCAAACCCUAACUCAGAGGAGGCCAGAAAGCGCUUUGAAGAGCGAUACGAGCAGAAUGGUAAUUAAUAUCCAGUAAAGGAUUUACAAAAAUCCAAAGAAGAUUUCCAGAAAAAGAGGUCUGAAGAAAUGAACCCAGAUGAGUGCGUGGCCAAUUUCGAUCUAAGAUUUGCUGAAAAAAUCCGCGGAAUCAGAGAAAAGCUGCAAUCUUUGACAAGAGAAGACCCAGUAAACGAAAGAAUCGAAGAGCUCCGGAGAGAACUUUUGACUUGUUCUGAGCUACUGAACCAAUCCGUCCAUUUUUUAAAUUCUUACACAAUCAUGCAAGGGCAAUUCCUCAUUACUCAGGUGCAGGACGAAAUUUCUAGCACCCAGCAGAACCUUGCCCCAAGGAAGAAAUUUGCCUUUUCCAAGCGUGCAGCUAAAAAAGAAAACACAAAUAGCAAUUUGGAGAUUAAACAAGAGGAGAAAUCUCAACUGGUGCUUGAAGGGAUCAGGGACCAAGCUGGAGGAAUCUUUUAUAAAACUCCACAAGAUAUGCAAGGAGUCAGUAGUUAUCAAUUGCAGAACUUAGAGAACUGUGAAAUUGUCAUAUCAGCUACUUUAAAUGCAAUUCAUAUGGUCGGGCUAAAAAACUGCCAUGUGUUUGUAGGAGCUGUUUCUGGGGCUGCCCAUAUAACAGACUGCACAGACUGUGUCAUUAAUGUAGCUUGCCAUCAAUUGAGGAUUCAUCAGACUCAUAGGUGCCAAUUUUACGUAUUUGUGGCGACUGGGCCUAUAGUGGAAAAUGUAAGUGGGCUAGGAUUUGGGCCGUAUAGGUUUAGGUAUCCAAAUAUGGAAGAACAUUUUGAGAGCUGUGGGUUUAAGGGGGAAAGCCAGUAUGAUCAAGUCCAAGACUUUAAAUGGCUGAGAAAAGAGCAUUCUCCGAACUGGAAUGUCAUCACAGAAGAGUUUUACGUGCCAGUAAAAGAAGUAUCUUAG